GGAUGCGGUGCAUGCGACUUUAAAUCCCGGGGAAGUUUAUUCGCCCGUUGGGCUCUUUUCUGCUGCGUCGCAUUCUCUGGAGCACCCUGACUGUUCCCUCCCCGCAGCCGCACAGCUCCUUGCAGGUACCUCUCUCUCUCUCUCUCUCUCUCCCUCUCUGUGCCGCUAUUAUUUCCCCUUCUGUGGCGACCGUCGCAGCACCCUCAAACGGCCGGCUUCGGACAUUUUAGUACCGGUAGUUGUUAAAACCUAGGGGCCUGGGAAAAGGAAGGGAAACAAAGAGGGGGGAGCGGAAGGAAAAGCCAGAGUGAGUGACAAUGACGAGCAAAGGUCGAGGAGUCAGCGUCCCCACAUACUCUCCAACAGUGGGUGCGAGAAAGAGUAGAGCAUCCCGAGACUCAAAAGAUGGAUUGCGGGUCGAUGGCCGCAACCCCCAUCAAUGUAGACCAGCAUUUAUGAGAACGGGCGCAGUGAAUGCAGCAGUUGGUUCUGCUUAUGCUGAAUUUGGCAGCACAAAGGUCAUUGUUUCAGUAUUUGGUCCUAGAGAAAGUAAAAAAGCAAUGGCAUAUAGUGAUGUAGGGCGGCUGAAUUGUAGUGUGAGCUUCAUGACAUUCUCCACACAGAUUCGUGGACAGGGCUCAGAAGACAAAGAGAUGUCCUCAAUGCUUCAUAAAGCUUUGGAGGGUGCUAUAAUGUUGGAGACUUUUCCCAAGACAACUGUAGAUGUUUUUGCUUUGGUCAUGGAGUCUGGUGGCGGGGAUCUUCCUGUAAUUAUAUCAUGUGCAAGCCUUGCACUUGCUGAUGCUGGGAUUAAGAUGUUGGAUCUUGUAACUUCUACCUCUCUGUCUUGCCAUGGCAUGGACCUUGUUAUUGACCCUACACUGGAAGAAGAGCGCUGUCAAGAUGGUGGAUUUAUGAUUUCUUUUAUGCCUUCACGUAAUGAGGUCACUCAGUUGGCCAUAACAGGAGAGUGGUCGACUGCAAAAGUAGCUGAGGCAAUGGAGCUUUGCAUAGAUGCAUGUUUGAAGCUGGGAAAUGUCAUGAGAGAAUGCUUAAAAGCAGCAGCUACCUCUGUUUCCGAGUAGUGGGAGCUUCCUUUGCAAUUCUUGGUCUCCUCUGUUGCUGUCGCAUUUUUUAGGCCAUCAUUCUUGGUCUUCUCACAUUUAGGCAAACUGAUGCAGCAUAACCACUUGAACACAAGAGAGAGAGAGAGAGAGAGAGAGGGAGAGAGAGGAAAUGGCAAGAAAAUGCACGGCAUCUAAAAGACAGAUUCUUAGGAUUGCCCAUAUCACGGUUCCUGGUAGGGCCAUUGUUUCAAAUGCAUGUUUAGCAAGAAACUGUACUCCAUCCAAGGGAGACUGUUCAAUUGCCCAUGGCAGGCUCUGUUACCCUGUCGCUUGAUCUCGAGUUCCUCGUCCAGGUCGCUGUGAAGUCAGAAUGGAGGGGUUUAUGGACAAGCUUGUUCGAGCUUGGUUAUAAGACGGUAACUGCUGCUGAAGGCUUUCCAGUCGCGCUGGUUACUUGCCCAACACAGCCACAGCCGCCAUGAUAGUUCAUCCAGUUCAAGGGUGCUUUGCAGCCAGCAUAUGGAUUCUUGUGCUGUCAUAUGGCUUGUAAUUCGAUAUUGUACCAGCAACCUGAUCUAUUGCGUUAUUCCGCUACAUGAUUUACCUCCCAUAUUGCCAGUGGGAGGAGCACAGUGACAUUCUCUGCAUCCAAAGUUAGGAAAAGAAACGUAUAUAUUU